ACGCCCUUUCUCUGGCGUUGCAUCUGGCACGCUUCUUGACAUGCAGGUACAGCAAUUCAGCGGCGUGCUUCGCCAAUUCAGCGGCGAGCUUCGGCGCGAUGAAACCCUCCCACUGGUGUGGGACUGGCUGAGGUUCUGUAACAGGGAAGUGACGACAGGCGGGUUGGGGCAGCGAGUGCGAGUUUGUUUCUGCAGCUCCCGCACGGGCAGCGUCAAGACUGGCGAACGACGCUGCGAUAACUCAACCCCUCUCCUCGGACCAAAACCGGCGCUCGGAAGAUGACCUCUCGGACCCUGGCUGUCAGGACGGCGACGAGAUGCUUGCAGGAGGUGAACCUACCCCGGGCUGUCACUCCUCCGCCGCUGGGCUGCCGUACGGCAUGCGGUGCGGCGUGUCCCCGGAGCCUGGCCGGCCGCCGGACCGCCGCAGUCCCGGCGCAACCGUGCGCUCCGUACACGGACAGCGCGGCGCACGACCGGGGUUACCUGUGGUCCUUGUACAACGAGACUAAGAAAGAUCUGAUCUUCCCAGGAAGAUCCAAUUACCUUAAUCCAGAUGGGAUAUUUGCCAACAAUGAGGUCUGCCUCUCGGACAUUGAGGUUUAUGGCUUUGACUAUGACUAUACCCUGGCUUUUUACUCCAGCAACUUGCACACUUUAAUCUUCAAUGCUGCACGAGAAAUCCUCAUUCAGCAACAUAAAUAUCCAGAAGACCUGCGGAGCUAUGAUUACAACCCAAACUUUGUGAUACGUGGACUUCACUAUGACGUGCAAAAGGGAAUUGUGAUGAAGAUUGACGCCUUUCACUACAUGCAGUUGGGAACUGUGUACAGGGGGUUAAGACCAGUUCCAGAUGAGCAAGUCGUCGAGAUCUAUGAAGGGACACACGUUCCUUUGGAGCAUAUGAGUGACUUUUAUGGCAAGAGCUCGCAUGGAUUCACGAUGAAGCAGUUCAUGGACAUAUUCUCGCUGCCAGAGUUAACGCUGCUCUCUUGUGUCAAUGACUAUUUUAUCAAGCAGAAUAUUGACUUUGAGCCAGUUUAUGUUUACAAGGAUGUUAAGGAGGUAAUUCGAGAUGUCCACGUGAAGGGAAUUUUGUAUCAUGCAGUUGAGCAGGACAUUGAAAAAUACAUAUCUCAUGAGGAGAAGACGGGCGCGGUGCUGGGAAGGUUGAUCAACAAUGGCAAGAAACUGUUCCUUAUUACCAACAGCCCUUAUAGUUUUGUCAAUAAAGGAAUGCAGUACAUUGUUGGCAAAGAUUGGCGUGAUCUAUUUGAUAUCAUCAUUGUUCAAGCAGAGAAGCCAGAGUUCUUCAAUGACAGGCGAAGGCCGUUCAGGAGAGCAAACCCAAAGGAUAAACUGCACUGGGAUAAAAUCACCAAACUGGAGAAAGGGAAAAUCUACAAACAGGGCAACUUGUACGAAUUUUUAAAACUCACUGGCUGGAUUGGUUCUAAGGUGCUUUACUUUGGGGAUCACAUUUACAGUGACCUGGCUGAUUUGACCUUGAAGCAUGGGUGGAGGACAGGAGCAAUUGUCCCUGAGCUGCGGUCGGAGAUUAAAACUAUGAACACAGAGGAGUACAGUGAGGUGGUCGUGUGGCUGCAGGGUCUUACAGGAUUGCUUGAGCGUGUGCAGGUUUAUGAAGAUGCGGAGUCCCGGAUGGUUCUACAAGAAUGGAUAAAGGAGCGAAACCAGCUGAGGGAACUGACCAAGACUAUCUUCAACCCCCAGUUUGGGAGCAUAUUCCGAACCCACCACAACCCCACCUACUUCUCCCGGCGGCUCUCGCGCUUUGCUGACAUAUACAUGGCGUCGCUGAGUUGCAUCUUGAACUACAACCUGCACAACACAUUCUACCCUCGGAGGACGCCCCUGCAGCACGAAGCUGCCCUCUGGACAGACCUGUGCGGAGGCACGCCCAGAAGCCCUCACGUUGAAGGGAUGGCUCAGAUUAAGUGACGUUCUGGAAAGCAUGUGGACGAACAUAUCAGUCCUGCAGCAGUUCAGGCCAAUGCUUUAAUCGUUUUAUAAGUAAUUACAUACACUUAGUGGCCACUUAAUUAGGUACACCUGCUUGUUAAUACAAAUAUCUAAUCAGCCAAUCACGUGGCAGCAACCUAACGCAUAAAAGCAUGCCGACAUGGUCAAGAGAUCCAGUUGUUUGCACCAAACAUCAGAAUGGAAAGGAAAUGUCAUCUGAGUGACUUUGACUGUGGAAUAAUUGUUGGUGCCAGGCAGGGUGGUUUGAGUAUCUCAGAAACUGCUGUUUUCUUGGGAUUUUCAGGCACAACGAUCUCUAAGAAUUUACAGAGAAUAUUGCAAAAAAACAAAAAAAAAAUCCAGUGAGUGGCAGUUCUUUGAGUGAAAGUGACUUGUUAAUGAGAGAGGUCAGACUAGUUCAAGCAGACAGGAAGGUGACAGUAAAUGAAAUAACCAAGUGUUACAACGGUGGCGUGCCGAAAAGCAUCUCUGGAUGAAGUGGAUGGGCCACAGCAGAAGACUUCACCGAGUUCCACUCCUGUGCCCAGUAAGAUGGCCACCGAGUGUAUGGAUCCAGCGAGCAUGUUGGGAACUUGUUCAGCUAUGCUUUUGCCUCAUUGUGAAGCUGGAAAAUUUAGUGUCGUUUCCUGCUCAGUUUCUCUCUGGGUUGAGUUACUUGAGUAGCCAGUUGGUGUAUCCUUUAGUGGGCUCUGAUUGGGAUUUGAGUAACGGUGUUACUUUUGGCCUGAGAAAUGUUGCAACCAUUAAAGCCUGCUGAUGUGACUGGCUGGUGACCUUUCAUGAGAGAGGAAAGUAAGGGAAAGGAUUUGUGAAAGAUUUGGGCUUUCGUCAGCUUGAGCAGUCUCUCCCAGUCUGCUGGGGUUAGAGAAAAAGAUCAUCAAGGGUUCAUACUGUGAACACCACAGCCAGACUGUACUGAAUGUUGGUAUUAGGUAUGAGUAUGGAGCUGUAUAUAGACACCGGGUUACUCACAGUAUUCACUUCAAACAUAAUCUUGUGAUGUAUCUCCAAAAUGUACCCUACCCUGAGUUUUACAAUCUAGUUUUUGAAAGAAGUUCAGUUUAAAAAAUGCACUAGCCACAUGCAGGUAGAUGUGUCGCAGGCAAUGAUUUUCUUCGCCAAUCAUAAUUUACUGGCCAGUGCUGAUUGAAUUAGUAUUGUUUAUCUUUGUCUGUAUAAUAUAGUUUGUGUAAUAGUCUUGGCUGGACCUGUUACAUAUGUUGUAGGUUAGAAUCAGAAUCAGGUUUAAUAUGUCGUAGGUUAGAAUCAGGUUUAAUAUCACCGGCGUAUCUCGUGAAGUUUGUAAUUUUUAGUGUAGAACUGCGGGUGAUGUUUUUAAAACUAUGGUUUACAUUUGAUACUAUGACCGAGCCAAUCACAGAGAAUCGAUUGAAAUAGUGAUUGUGAAACUGGGCUUUGAGAAGAUUUUCAAAAAGGCGAGAGGGGUUAUUGUGAACUGAAGAGGAUGAGGGAAGGAGUUGGAAAAGAGCAAGACCCUUUUGUAUGCACAUUACCUCCGAGCGCAGGUUGGAAACGGCACGGCCUCACAGCAGCAGGACAGAGAUGGGGAGGAUUUCUGUGGCCUGAGGGUGGUGAAUCUGUGGAAUUCAUUGCCACAGAUGGCUGUGGAGGCCACGUCAUUGUGUAUAUUUAAAGUAGAGGUUGAUAGGUUCUUGAUUAGUAAGGGUAUCAAAAGCUAAGGGGGGAGCUGAAGAAUGGGAUUGAGAGGGAUAAUGAAUUAGCCUUGAUGGAAUGGCAGAGUAGACUCAAUGGCUUAAUUCUGUUCCUAUGGCUUAAGGUCUAAAAUUAAAGAAAAAUUUGUACUUUUUUGUUAGACAGAAGGAGACUAGGUUUUUUUGUGUUGAAAGUUGUGAAAUAUCCACAAGUUUUCUACUGUACCUUGUAAAUUGUUUAAAGCUCUACAGGAUAUGUUAAUUUUUCCUACCUUGUUAACUAUUCCCAAUUACCUCCAAGUGAACUUUUAUUAUACUUCAGAUAUUCAUUUUGUACAGCCACUUAGUGACCUGGGUUCAAUCCUGACCUCUGGGCCCAUCUGUGUGGAAUUUCCACAACCUCCCUGUACUCGGUGGUCAGCAAAAAUGGACCACAGAACCUGUAUCCAUGCUGCAUGUCUCUUUGACUGUGUGGCUUUUCCCCCCAGUUGCUGGGGUUCCCAUUAUGUCCUGCAGGUUUUUUUUAGAUCAAUUGGUCACAAAUCCCAUUGUGUGUAUGUGAGUGGAGAAUCUGUGGGAAAUUGAUGGAAAUAAGACCAUAAGACACAGGAACAGGAUUAGGACUUUUGGCCCAUUGAAUCUUCUCUGCAAUUUAAUAAUGACUGAUUUUUUUUCUCUCUCAACUCCAUUCUCCUGCCUUCUCUCUAUAACCUUACCAAAUCAAGAGCCUAUCAACUUCCACUUUAAGUAUACCCAAUAACUUGGCCUCCACAUCUGUCUGUGGCAGUGAUUCACCACCCACUGGCUAAAGAAAUUCCUCCUCACCUCUGUCUGAAAAGGAGGUACACUACUUUUAUUUUGAGGCUGUGCUGUCUGGUCCUUGACUCCCCCUAGUGGUUCAGAGGUGAUGUUUCCUGUGUUCUCACACAGCGCUGAAAUAACGACAUGCAGUCAGUAAGUCGUUCCGAGACUAGUUUAUUCAAACUUCGCGGCGCUGGCAGUUAAAUCCCUAGCGCCCGCCCUCUCCAGGUGGAAAUGACAUCGGAGGUGCAUUACCAAAGUCUCCCCCCACGCGCUGGCUAUUUGUGAGCCGGUUCGCCUGCGCAGAAAGUGGGUCGCCACGAAGUGAUUAAAUUUGUUUUUCCCUUGUACCUUGAAACAUACAGUGAAACACACCGUUUGCAUCAAUGACCAGCACAGUCCCAGGAUGUGCAGGGGGCAGCCCACAAGUGCCAUGUUGCUUCCAACACAGCCUGCCCACAUCUCGCCUGUACACCUUUGGAAUGCGGGAGGCCGGUCUGUGCCUCUCAUAAUCUCAAAAACUUCUAUGAGGUUCCUCCCAGUCCCCACUGCUUAUAGCGAGUGCCCUCUGAUCCAGGAAUCUGCCUGGUCAAACUGUUUUGCACCCUCCCAAAAACCUCCACAUUCUUCUAUCCUUAUGUGGAGCGCCCGGAGGAAAUUCCAGUCGGUCCCCAACACAUCCUCCUGCUCUGUUGACCACUGACACACUUCACUAUGUCUUGAUAUACAUGUGACAAUAAAGCUAAUAUUUAAUAGUACAGGAACAGAAGCACAAAGUUGUGUCAACCUAAUUAAACUAGUAAUUAAAAGCCUAACUAAGCCAAUCCCUUCUGUCUACACAACAUCUAAUUUCUCAUAUAUAAGAAUCUUUUAAACACCUCUAUCGUACUUCUCUCCACUCCUACUUCUGGCUGAAUUUUCCAGGGACCCACUGUUAUGUGCCUUAAGAAAAAAUUCUGCCUGGGCAUCUCCUUUGAACUUGUCCCUCUUCGCCUUCAAUGCAUGCCAUCGAAUGUUAGAUGUUUCCACUCUGUGGAGGGGGAGUGGUGGAAAUAAUGCUGGCUAUCCAUUCUGUCUGUGCCUCUCAUAAUCUCAAAAACUUCUAUCAGGUUCCUCCCAGUCCCCACUGCUUAUAGCGAGUGCCCUCUGAUCCAGGAAUCUGCCUGGUCAAACUGUUUUGCACCCUCCCAAAAACCUCCACAUUCUUCUAUCCUUAUAGAACAAUACAGGCCCUUCAACUCGUAAUGUUGAUCUACUCCAAGAUCAAUCUAACCAUUCCCUCCCAUAUAGCCCUCCAUUUUUCUUUCACCUAUGUGCCCAUCUCAGAGUCUUAAAUGCCCCUAAUGUAUCUGCCUCCACCACCAUCCCAGCAGCACACUCCACACACCUGUCACUCUCUGUAUAAAUAAGACCUCCUUCUGACAACUUGCCUACACUUUCAUCUAAUUUCCAUAAAGUUAUACCCUCCUGUAUUAGCCAUUGCCACAUUAGAGAUAAAGGUACUCUUUGUCUACUCCAUCACUGCACCUCUCAUUCUCCUUUGUUCCAGAGAGAAAAGCCCUAGUUCAUUUCACCGUCCUCAUAAGGUCAGCUCUCUCAUCCAGGCAACAUCCUGGUAAAUUUCCAUUACAUUCUCUCUGAAGUUUCAACAUCCUUCUUAUAAUGAGAUGACCAGAACUGAAUACAGUACUCCAAGUGUGGGUCUAACCAUUCUUUUACAGAGCUGCAACGUUACCUUGCGGCUCUUGAACACAGUUCUCUGCUGAAUGAAGGCCAAUGUACCAUAACGUCCUCUUAACCACCAUAUGUAUUGCAUUUACAAAUGGGUUGUUAUUAUAUUAUUGUCUUGGGUUGGAGCUAUUCAAACCAACCAAAGGUACACUGGUGGCAGGACUGGAGACACAUUGGAAACCCAGGGGUCCACGACCACCGAGAUAAGUUCCAUGUAUUAAAAUCACUGUAAAGUGAGUCGUGAGGAGAGGGUUCACUUGUGACUUGAGGUUUAUUAAAUACUCUCAAGACUUUAAAUUUGUCCCUAGAGCUUUCUUCUCAUAUUCGAUUGACUUGAAUACUUGUUUUGAUAAGUGGUCUUAAUAGUUCUGUUGCUGUAUUUGGGUUAAUUUCAUAUCUAGAGAUUGGGUAUGCAAAUGAGAUGCAUAUUUAACUGACUGUAUGAGCUAGGAUUCUAAUUCUAGUGUUUUUACAUUUUAAGAUGAAGAUCAACACAUGAACUCCUAAAACACUUUGACAUUUUAAUUAUUGAUCUUAAAUAUUUAUAGUAGUUUAUGCAUAUUUUAUGAAAAAGGUUUUUAAUUUAUCAAAUUUGUAUUAGUAAGUGUGACUUUAAGCUAAAAGCUAUUUUUCUCAUGCAAGGGAAUUUAUCUUGCAGGAUUUUAAAGCAAAGGCCACUCAACGGUUCUUAGGAAACAUUAGAGACGCACUGUGUUCCUUUUCUUUCUGUAGACUAUAACAAUGCUUCUCCGUAUGUGUCAGAGUGGAUUUACAAUGUGUUUUCCUGCAGGGAAAGGCUGCAGUUGAAAUGUAUCUAAUCAACUGCAGUUUCAAAGUUUUGCUGAUAUUGCCUUUAAAAGGUCUUUAAACCUCAAAGCCUGGUCGCUGGCAGUUAGGACUUUGUCCUGUAAUGCAAGAUUUAAAAAUAUCUUGAAACCCUUGUUUUCUUGUAAGCUGCCAUUGUAAACUGCCAGCAAUAAAAAAAACUGCAUGAGGAUUUGGAGUGUGCGAUACUUUUUAAAAGUCAAAAAAGCAUUUAUUAUUAGUGAUUCCUCAUGCGGCUUUCACAUUUGGAAGCUGUCCUUGGAAACACAGUCCAUGCUAAAGAUGGAUGGAAUGAAAAAGCGACUUGGUAUUCUUGCCUGUAAUCUUCUCACGUAUUAAAUGGCACUUGUAUUCGAUCCAGCAUUCUCACCAUAGCUGCUGACAUGUUUAAUAUAGAAAAUGAAUAGCAACCUUUCUUUCUUUGCCAGUCACCCUUCACUUGCUGUGCCCACUUGUUUUUGUCCAACAAACUGACGACUGGUAUUUAAAAAAAGACCGAAGUAACAUUUCCAGGACAAAGUAAAAAUGGCAGAUGAUGUAGCAACCAGCUCUAACUAUUUUAGAGCCAAGCCUAAUUGCUUCAUCAUUUGAGAGGAGGUGCUUUAUAAAGGUAAAGAUUAGCUUUAUUUCUCAGGUGUACAUUGAAACAUACUGUGAAAUGUGUUGUUUGCGUCAGAUCUGAUCAGUGAGGAUUGUGCUGGUGGUGUUUCCAACGCCAAUACAACGCGCCCAUCACUCACUCGUACAUCUUUGGAAUGUGGGGGGGAAACUGAGCACUUGGAGGGGACUCAUGAGGUCACGGGUAGAAUGUACGGACUCCUUGCCUGCAGUGGUGGUAAUUGAACCGUGCCACUGGCUCUGUAAUAGUGUUAUACAAACUGUUAUGCUACAGUACGACCCCACCCCCCACAGUUGAUGAUAGGGUUACCAAUUCUGCUCAAUUGUUUCUCCUAACCCCAUUCUGAAUCAGGUUUAUUAUAAAUGACGUGUC